AUACGUUGUCUUAAACAAGCUGGCCACGUGGGUUUCGACAGUCUACCCGAUCAAUUGGUCAACAAAAGUGUGCUUAACGGCUUUGUCUUCAAUGUCAUGUGUGUGGGUGAAACCGGUUUGGGUAAAUCUACUCUGAUGGAUACACUCUUCAAUACUAGCUUCGAAUCGACAGCCAGCCCUCAUACCUUGCCUAAUGUGAAGCUUAAGGCUCAUACUUAUGAGUUGCAGGAAAGUAAUGUUGGUCUAAAGCUAACCAUUUGUGAUACCGUAGGCUAUGGUGAUCAAAUUAAUAAACAUGAUUCCUUUAAAUCGGUCGUGGAUUAUAUAGAUGUGCAGUUUGAAUCGUAUUUACAAGAGGAAUUAAAGAUAAAACGUUCCUUAGUGGAUUUCCAUGAUAGUCGCAUACAUGCUUGUCUCUAUUUCAUUUGUCCCACGGGACAUGGCCUCAAGUCAUUGGAUUUGGUUUGUAUGAAACAGUUGGAUAGUAAGGUCAAUAUAAUACCCAUAAUAGCUAAAGCCGAUACUAUAUCCAAAGCUGAGUUGCAAAGAUUUAAAGAGAACAUAAUGGAUGAACUGAAACGCAAUGGUGUACAAAUCUAUCAAUUCCCCACAGAUGAUGAAACUGUGGCCGAGACCAAUAAUGCCAUGAAUGCUUAUACACCUUUUGCGGUGGUGGGUAGUACUGAAUUCGUUAGAAUCGGCAAUAAACAAGUCAGGGCUCGCCAAUAUCCCUGGGGAACAGUGCAAGUGGAAAAUGAAACUCACUGUGACUUUGUCAAGCUAAGAGAGAUGUUAAUACGCACUAAUAUGGAAGAUUUGCGUGAACAAACUCAUACGAAACACUAUGAGCUGUACAGACAAAAACGUUUACAGGAAAUGGGCUUUUGUGAUGUGGAUACCGAUAAUAAACCCGUAUCGUUUCAACAAACUUUUGAGGUUAAGCGUUCCAAUCAUCUUAGUGAGCUGUUAGCUAAAGAAGAAGAAGUACGUCAAAUGUUUGUUCAACGUGUUAAGGAGAAAGAAGCUGAGCUAAAAGAAAGCGAAAGAGAAUUACAUUCACGUUUUGAUAAACUCAAGAAAGAACAUGCCGAAGAGAAACGCAAACUGGAGGAGACUAGACAGAAACUGGAGGAAGAAUAUUUGGAAUUUAAUACACAUAAAAAUCAUUAUGUGGCCUCACACAAUACCAUGACAUUGGGGAAAAGGAGUAAAAAAUGAUGUGAAUUUAUGUGAAUUAUUGUAAGCGAUUAAGGGGAUAAUAAAUAAAAGUGUGGACUAUGAUUUCUAGAAUCGAAAUAAGUAUCUUUAAUAAAAAGCGGCUUUAAAGUUGCAUUUU